UUCAUCAUGCCCCGUCUCUGUUUCGAGUACCCCUCUUUCUCGCUCACCCCGCCCACAAGCAUCACCUCUUCACUUUCCGUGCCAUUGUCAUCUCUCUUCAUCUUCCUCAUCACGCCCACUGCCGUCCUUUGAAUCCAUCCAUACCCUUGUGGGCGAAUUGAUCCCCUCCUCCAACUCCAAUUCCUAUUGGUCUCCCUCAGUACUCAGUAACGACCCCUCACACCUACACCUACACCUACACCUCACUCUUCACUUCCUGCCUAGGAGCCUCUUUAGACAACUCACCAAGGCACCUUCUUUGCACAUACAUACCCACCUGCUUUGCAUCCCUCCUGUACAACAACUCUUCAGGCAAUGUCUCUACCCACAACAACCACUACAGGACCAGCCUGUGCUAUACCCACCUGCCCCGAGAAAGUGUGCCCAGAGUGCAAACCUGGAUACACCUGCUCACUUUCCGUCAUUGAUUCCACCUGUAAAUGCCCUAUUGCCAGCUGCGUAAAGAUUCCCUUCGACACUGGUGUCGACAAUGGGAGCGAUACAAACACAGAGUCAGCAUCCAGCGGUUCAGUCAUCGGCCCUGUCCUUGGAGCGAUAGCAGGGUUGGGCGUCGUGGCGUUAAUUGCAUUCUUUGUGAUACGACGAGGACAACGGCGCAGAAGGAAAGAGGCCAUGAUGAUGCUGGGACAGGAUGACUCUUUGGACUCGUUCUCUAAGCGCUGGCACUCGUCAAACGGCGACUUGAGUGGCAAGGAUGUCAUUAGGAUCGCAUAUAUUCCGAGCAUGAUCGGCGAUAGCCCUGUGGUGACCCCAGAGGCCACAGUACAGCGCGGCGGAGUGCUUAAACAAAACUUUUCGCCUCUACAAGACGAGGAUCGCAACAAACACGACUCAAUGGCGUCCUUGGACGAGGCCGUUGUUAUGGCCGUCACUACCAAGGCAACGCCUCAGGUCAUGAAACUCAACACCAUCAAGACCACACAGGCUGAUCUCAUCCAACGGUCCAACACGCUCCACAGCACAAACUCGAUCAAACGCUCACAAUCCCAACGGCAUCAAGAGAACAAAAAGUCUCACUAGUGUCCACGACAUCAUCCAUACCCAUGACUGGAACGACUGCCGUGUUUGCAUCCAUACCCAUUACCCUUGCAGAGCAUCGUCGCGACAGUGAUCCAUU